CUUGGCAUGGCGGUCGCUGUAGUGGUGUUGCUGGGAGCCGCUGCUAGCGGCGGGCGCAAGAGGGAGCCCGUUUAAACUACCGCGCCUAAGGCCCGCCGCUGCCGUCCUCCCCGCCGGCCUCGGGAAGAUUUCUGCUGGGGUAGCGGCGAGCGGCGGCUGCCGCCCGGUAACGACUAAUGGGGGUUCCUGACCGGGAGCGCCGGCUGGGGAGCCGCGCUCUGGGUGGAGAGUUGCUCUGACUCUUCCCAGAGGCAUCCCCCGUGGGGACGGUGGCUUCUGGAGGAAGCUUCCCGUUUAGCUCGGCCGUGCUUCCUUGAGGGCAGCUGGGAGCGGAGUCCCGACAUGCUGCCCGCCUCCGUUGCGCGGGCCUGGCAGGGAGGCGAGCGGGUGCGAACCGCCCUGGGGAGGCGGCUGCUCGCUCCCCACUGCUGGGCCCUGCUGCAGACGGGGCCUGGGCAGUGCCUCUGCCUGCGCCUGAGGUGGCGGCACCAAAUCCACUGCAGGGAGCCCGCCCUGCUGCUCCAGGCCGCCCGGAGGAGUAUCCGGACGCAAGCCGGGGGGUUGAGAGCUGAGAAACCUAGCGAUAAUAGCAAACAUGUGUCCGUGCAAAGGGCUGAGAAAGGAGAAACUUUGCUGUCGGCUGCUCAGAGAGUGAAAGAUGCUGGAAGAGACUUUACCUAUUUUAUUGUGGUGCUUGUUGGAAUUGGUGUUACAGGUGGUUUGUUUUAUGUGAUUUUUAAAGAGCUAUUCUCUUCUUCUAGUCCAAGUAAGAUCUAUGGAGAUGCCUUGGAGAAAUGCAGAUCUCACCCUGAGAUAAUCGGUGUUUUUGGUGAAUCCAUUAAAGGCUAUGGGGAAGCAACAAGAAGAGGAAGACGACAGCUUGUCAGUCACAUAGAAUAUGUAAAGGAUGGACUGAAACAUAUGCGUUUGAAGUUCUACAUUGAGGGCUCUGAAUCAGGGAAGCGGGGAACAGUCCAUGUGGAAGUCAAAGAGAAUCCUGAGAGAGGAAGAUUUGAGGUCCGCUACAUAUUUGUGGACGUUGACACCUAUCCUAGAAGAACCAUUAUCAUAGAAGACAACAGAUAGCCAAUGAUCAAGGUUACUGUCUCACAUGAUUGAGUACUGGAUGAUACUGGUGUUGCCAGACUGCAUGAGCUGUUUGGUAUUCUCGAUUGUAUCUUGCAGCUUUCGGGUUCUGUUACAAGGAAGCAGCCUCUCAGGGCCUCCACUGAGGUCUUUCAUAAUAACAGGUAUGGGAUUUGAAGUGAAGCCAAUGAAAUAAUAGUAGGGCCAUCACAUAUGGCGAGUACUUUUGACGUAGGAAAAUAAUGGCUUGUAAUAAACAUUUUAAUGCUGGAUAAUACUUCUGAACACCCAAAAAACUGAGUAUAUCAAGACGUUAGAUUUGGAUGUUGUUUUUUUUUUUUGUCUUCCUUUGCUUGCAUUUUCCACUAGGACUGCAAUAAAGUGUAGGCAAACUCACUGUUUUCAUUCUGGAUGCCUUUAUAGAAAGUAAAAUGAUAUGUAGGAGAUCGGGCCCAAAGGAACAUAAGGAUAGGAACUGUGUAGAAACACGCCUGUGACAAAUGACUGAAGAUAAAGACUUCAGUAUCAGGAUCUUCUAAAUAACAGAACAACACCACUGUCUGCUCAUUGUAACGUUUGCCAUGCUGCUCCAGAGUUGUAGCCAGUCAGCACUGUUCAUAGGAUUUCCAUCACCUAAUGUAAAUGUUCUGGAAAUCAGAUGCAUGUAGGUUUACCCAAGUCAAAAGUUCAACUCAGGAUGAAAUUACUCACCUGGAUUUCUUCCUUAGUGCAGCAUGGCAGACAGCAAGCAUAACCCUGUGUAUAAUAAUUGGACUCGGUUGUGCUGAUCUGCCACACAGCACCAAUCAAAAACAUUCAAGCUUUAGCUUCUUACGUUUAACCACUUUAUUAAAAUACCAGCUACUGCCCUUUUCUGUAGUUACCUGUUGUAUUACCAGCUUUUUAGUUCACUAGUGAAUUAUCCCUGCAUUAGGCAUGCACUGAUGUUCAGUUAGCAGUCUUUACUAUGAGUUUAUUUAGUGGUAUAUUUGGACUGUUCUAAAAUUCAUACAGUGUUCUCUCAUGCAAUGCCACAAAUACUAUAUGUAGACCUUCAGUAAUACUGCUCUGGACUUAAGCUAUCCUAUUGAACUGUCUCCCAGUAAUCCCACUUGCAUAAUCAUAACAACUGAAGAUAAUACUUUGUUACAGCCGGAUAGCUGCCUUAAUCACUACAACCUUGACUUCAGUCAGAUCCUAAUAAUGUUUGAAAAUAUUCAGUGAAGAUGAAUCACACAUUCGUCCCAGUCACGUGGGUAGAGUGACCAUUAGCAGAGCAGCCACCAAUGUCAAUCUGUGUUAAACUGCAAAGCAUUUUGGUGUUUCCACACUGUACACAAUGUAACUGACUUUUACUGUCUUUAAAUAAUGAAAGCAAUUGAUUCCAUUGUUCUUCAUGUUAUUUUCUUGAAAGCAGUAGGGUUACUAACACCCUUUGACUUACGACUCUUCCCAAUUAGCAUUUCAUUUGCCAAAACUUCGGAUUCAGAAGAAAUUUUCAAACCUAAUCGAUUUACAACCAAAUUAAAAAAAAAAAAAAAAGAAAACA